AUGGGAAUGACGAGAGGCCAUUCUGUCGCUGCCAUUUCUAUUGGUAUUCUGCAGUUGUUGUUUUCCGUUGCUUUGAUCAUUCCCUCUUUCGUUCUUUCGAGCUAUGGCCACGGCGUCAACACAUCCUCAACGCCAUAUUGGUGUGGGUUCCCGGUGAGUGUGAAAAGAUUUCGUUUCGUUUACGUGCAAAUCUGUGGUGUAGUUAGAGGGUUUUCGAAAUUGAUUUCUGUUCUGGAAAGGGUUUUAGAUGUCAGUGAAACCUGUAAAUUAAUUUAUUUCCUCGAAACCUUCGGUUUAACCUGCGAUUUCAUUUUUUCCGGGUGACAUUUGAGGAUACGCGUCUGCCGAGCGCCCCUUAGGAACUGAGUUGUUAAAGUUUCUCACGCAAGAAGCUUCCAUGGAAAGCCAUUUUAGAGCGUCGAGAGACCAUGACGGACAUUGCAACUUAGAGCUAUCAUGUCUUCGAGGCAAUAGGCACUUAGUCAUUUGCACCCCUUUGGCUAACCAGAAAGUGUUGAAACGUCUGAAGCUAUUUUUUCACCGUAGUGCUAAUGCCGUCGAUAAUACCUUUGUAAUCAAGUGGAGCUACGCCUUUUAUUUCGAUGAUUAAUGUCGCGGUAAAAUUUCCGCACAGCCCCAUACUAUUGUAAAACAAAUCUGUUUUCCCAAUGGCAAUCUAUUGUUUUUGUCAUUGUUUUCUCUAUCCAAGAACUGAAUGCUUAAUGUAGUAUGGGGCUGUGCGGAAAUUUUACCAAUGUCGCCGUUGUCCCCUAAUAUGUGGAUCUCAUCCUCAUCGCUAGUGUUAAAUAUCAAGUCUUUUUUCAAUUGAUCUCUAAAUAGCUAGAAUUGUUUUCUAUGCGUGUUUAAAAUGUCGGGAAGAGGAUGACGUUUCUUGCGGAUUGAACAUGCAAAUAGUCUCCAUGAAACGUUUCGUGUUCAGAAUAAAUGUGUAAUACACACAGUGAUCACAUGAUCCAUAGACUAUAUACUACCAGAGUUGCUGUGCACAUUCAAAAUCUAUAUGUGAAGAAAACCAUUUUGAUCAAAAUUACCAUAUGCACUUUGAAUACGUUUCAACUUAAAUUAAUUCAGACUUUGCUUAUCUUUUAUUUUGAAUUAUUUAUGAAUGACGUGAAAUAAAUCAGGAUCAUUGGCCAAUUGCAUGUCACCUGAAUCCCCUAGAAGGAGGACAUGAAAAUGGAAUAUGAUUCUAACUCUGCAAAAAGUGGAAGAUUUGUUGUUCUUUGUUACACUCAAUUUUCCCAUUGACACCUGAAGCACCCGUGCUGCGCGGUGCACUCGCGCGAGAGAUGCUUUCCCCCUACCUCCCCCGCUAAGCAGAAUUUUGUCUCAAACUUUCUCUGUUGUUUGAGGAUCUAUAAACGGCUUAUACUAUUUUGCGAAACGAAACGAAACGAAACGAAAUCGGGUCAGAUGAAAUAAAACAAAAGGAAUAAUGCAGAUAUAUUUUCUAAUAAGGUAAAGAUAACUUUCACAAGGAUUUUGGAGUAAUCGUUCAUUAACAAGAAAGAUUUUUAUUCAUUUCGCAAAAUAGUAAUUUUAGCAGAGUUACUAUUUUGCGAAAUGGACUAUUUUCACCCUGCGGUGACAACAUGACCUCUUUCAUGUCGCGAAAAUACAUUUAAACAUUACAAAUUAGUAUAUCAACGAAGAUUUUGGCCUUCUCUUAUUUCUUAAACCGUAUUAAAAUAUAUUUCGCAAAAUAGUAAUUUUAGGAGAGUUACUAUUUUGCGAAAUGGACCAUUUUCACCCCUGCGGUGACAACGUGACCUCUUUCAUGUCACGAGAAUACAUCUAUACAUUACAAAUUAGUAUAUCAACGAACAUUUUGGCCUCCUCUUACUUCUUAAACCGUAUUAAAAUGUAUUUCGCAAAAUAGUAAUUUUAGGAGAGUUACUAUUUUGCGAAAUGGACUAUUUUCACCCUGCGGUGACAACAUGACCUCUUUCAUGUCACGAAAAUACAUUUAAACAUUACAAAUUAGUAUAUCACCGAACAUUUUGGCCUCCUGUUAUUUCUUAAACCGUAUUAAAAUGUAUUUCGCAAAAUAGUAAUUUUAGGAGAGUUACUAUUUUGCGAAAUGGACUAUUGUCACCCCUGCGGUGACAACGUGACCUCUUUCAUGUCACAAAAAUACAUUUAAACAUUACAAAUUAGUAUAUCACCGAAGAUUUUGGCCUCCUCUUAUUUCUUAAACCGUAUUAAAAUAUAUUUCGCAAAAUAGUAAUUUUAGGAGAGUUACUAUUUUGCGAAAUGGACUAUUUUCACGCUGCGGUGUCAACGUGACCUCUUUCACGUCACGAAAAUACAUUUAAACAUUACAAAUUAGUAUAUCACCGAACAUUUUGGCCUCCUCUCAUUUCUUAAACCGUAUUAAAAUAUAUUUCGCAAAAUAGUAAUUUUAGGAGAGUUGCUAUUUUGCGAAAUGGACUAUUUUCACCCCUGCGGUGACAACGUGACCUCUUUCAUGUCACAAAAAUACACUUAAACAUUACAAAUUAGUAUAUCACUGGACAUCUUGGCCUCCUCUUAUUUCUUAAACCGUUUCAAAUUUUAUUUCGCAAAAUAGUAAUUUUAGGAGAGUUACUAUUUUGCGAAAUGGACUAUUUUUACCCCUCAAUAACUUUCUUUUCGGGUCACAAAAAUACGCUUAAACAUUUUAUUAUAGUAUAUUCUCGAAGGGUUCGGUCACCUCCUCUUUCUCUAUCCAGAUAUAAUUAAUUUCUCAAAGUAGUAAUGUCAGAAAAAUUACUGUUUUGCGGAAUAGUUAGGCUAUUUUCACUCAGCGGCAACGAUGUUGUUAUUCUCUUGUCAUACAAUAGGUUUUCGGUAAGUUUCAAUUUAAAGCACUAUAAAAUCUCAAAAGGUCUAAGCUAUCUUCACCUAUAUAAACGUCUUCUAAGUUUAUUUCGCGAGGCAGUAAUUUUGGAAGAAUUACUGUUUUGCAAAAUGGACCAUAAAUGAUUUAAAUGCCGCCUGAUAAAACUGACUCGUGACAGAUUGGGUUUACAGGUCUCACCUUUCCUUGUACGUAAGUGUUUUAAUUCGGCUGUGGUCUGUACUUCUUCACUGCCAAGCAACAAGGCGGUGUUUUCCUUUCCUCAGCUUCAAAUGAUUAAGUAAGAGCCAAUUAAUAACUCCAUCUCAAUAAACAUGCAACAAGAGGUUUGGGCUAACAGGUUCAUUUAAUCAAAAUCGACAACUGUGUAGUACCGUAUUGCGUGACGCCGAAAUCAAGUCAAGAGAGCCCCGCUGAAGGCCCAAACCGAGGUUGUGUCCAAUUAAUGACAUGGGAGGGAGCGGAAAGUAAGAGGUAAAAGCUGUUGUUACUAGCGACGGAGCUAUUCUAGGGGGAAGUUGGCAUGUUCUCCUGAGAGAUUUGAAAGACCCCAUUUCGUGCGUUUUGAAGGGUGUGCACUGUUUCGGUGCAAAACCAACAUGACAGUUUUCCAGUGGCGGCUAAACAUGUUUAGACUCUCUGUCUCGUAAAGAGAACAGAAGCAUAUCCAUGCCGAAAUAGUCGUCCAGCAGUUUUAUAAUCGCAAGUAAUACAGUUUUUUUGCUUCAAAAUUUUCAAUAAAAAUAAUAUACAUGGAAAAGUUACGCGCUUCUGAUUACACCCCCGUCGCACACCUCUUCCUUACGAGCAAGAGAUCGUGUUUCGCAUUUGCGCAAGUUCCACGUGCGGCAAGAAGUUUGCUUUGUGCUCGCUUUGUGUGCUGCUAAAUCAGGCAAGAUUAUGGCUUUUAAAUUUCCUGUUCUUAAGCCCAAGACCAUCGACUGUUCAGGUCUUCCAGUUCAUGAUUUCAAGUGUUUGACAAACAAGGAAAUCAUUGGUAAGGGCGCUUAUGGUGCUGUGUUCACUGCUAACUGGCAGACUGUUCCUGAUGCGGGUAGGAAAUCGGCCGCUGCGGAGAAAGUCGUCGUUAAGAAAUUGCUUGGCGAGGACAUAUUGGAUAAGAAAACGUUUGUAAAGGAAGCAAGAAUCAUUCAAGAGUUGAAACAUCCAAACAUUGUGAAGUUCAAGGGAAUCUGCAACAAUCCCUUCGCCCUUAUUCUCGAGUUCCCGCCCGCCGAGUGUAAAUAAUCCAUUUCGCAAAAUAAACAUUUUUCGGAAUUACUACAUUCAAUUAGUUUAGAAAUUACUACAUUAAAGAGGAGGUGACCAAGAUCUUUGAGAAUAUACUAUAAUGUAAUGUUUAAAUGUAUUUUCGUGACAUGAAAGAGGUCACGCAAAAUAGCAACUCUUCUAAAAUUACUAUUUUGCGAAAUAUAUUUUAAUACGGUUUAAGAAAUGAGAGGAGGCCAGAAUGUUCGGUGAUAUGCUAAUUUGUAAUGUUUAAAUGUAUUUUCGUGACGUGAAAGAGGUCACGUUGUCACCGCAGGGGUGAAAAUGGUCCAUUUCGCAAAAUAGUAACUCUGCUAAAAUUACUAUUUUGCGAAAUACAUUUUAAUACGGUUUAAGAAAUAAGAGGAGGCCAAAAUCUUCGUAGAUAUACUAAUUUGUAAUGUUUAAAUGUAUUUUUGUGACAUGGAAGAGGUCACGUUGUCACCGCAGAGUGAAAAAUUCCAUUUCGCAAAAUAGUAACGCUCCUAAAAUUACUAUUUUGCGAAAUGAAUAGAAAUCCUUCUUGUUAAUGAACGAUUACUCCAAAAUCCUUGUGAAAGUUAUCUUUACCUUAUUAGAAAAUAUAUCUGCAUUAUUCCUUUUGUUUUAUUUCAUCUGACCCGAUUUCGUUUCGUUUCGUUUCGUUUCGCAAAAUAGUAUAAGCCUCUAUAAACUUAUCAGAAUCCGUGUUUUGCGCAGUUAUUUUUAUGACUCUAUGGGGUACUAGAAAGGCGUCAUUUUAUGCGUUCACAAGAUGGAAAAAAUGGCGUCCUCACGGCCGACUUUCAAUAUUUUCAAGUCGGAUUUUCCGUUUCUUUCCGAUGACUUUAGACCUUCUGGAACAGAAAGAAAAAGUCAAAAUGUUAUAGAAUAAUCUUCUUGGAAGAUAAUGGAUAUCAAAGUCUUAAGAGCGACAAAUCAAACUUUCGAGCCGACAACACCACGAUUCUCUGAAGCGAUGCGAAUUGGGGCCGUAAAGUGAAAACCGAACUUUCAGACUUCAAGUAAGGCCUAGCGACAUUAUGAAGAUUCCAAGGCCCGGUAAAUAUCAUGUGUGAGUAAUGAGAUGUCCAAAAAGUAUUGUUCAAUAGAUGAUUUGUGUCAAAACGUAGAACUUUCAGAAUUUUCAACAUAACGCUGCGCAAUUUACCAGCCGUGAAGUCAAAUAAACAAUGAUCUAAGGAGAUUAAUUCUUCCUAGUGGGUUUCGUACACGUAAGAAAUUCGCACGUUUUUCGCUACUAACAGAUAAUCAAGAACCGUUUUGAAUAAAACCAUCUUCCAGAAACGUUCCUCGGUCAGUUUCGUCUUGCUUCUUAUUUUUAAAUUCCAUAAAACAUUAGGUCUCUCUACACACUGAUAAAUUUGCAUAUUCACAUCCGAUUCGCACACCUGUUCACACACGUCUUUUGUCUUGAUUUUAGAGUAAAAACUCAAUAUACAUCUAUUGUCUUCUUCGUUGAAAGUAAGUUAUUAAAUGGCCUUCUUUCACUGGAGCUUGUUUUUGGGAAAAGAUGAUUCAUAUAAAAAUUUACCAUGCAUUGUGUUUGCUUCUCCGGUUUCUCCAAAAUGUUAACUUUUGGAUAGGCACGCGUUAGGGUCCGUUUAAAUAGUUUCAACAUUUGCUUCAACAUGCAUUCAACACUUUAUUGAACUAAAUGUUUGGUGCGUUUGAACAGGUCGUCCAACAUUGUUGAAAACGUAAAAAUGUUGAAAGCUUGUGGAAAGCGUGUUGAAUCAAGUUUAAAAUUGGUUUAAACUUUCAUUCAACAUCUAUUCAACUUUUCCUCUGUUCUCGAAAAUAUUGAAUGGCCCCAGAUAUGUGACAACUUUCUAAGAAAUGCAAGAACUGGAGAUCAAAAUGAAAUGUUUUGUAAAGGAGACUUCAAGACUCAUUGUCAAGGAUGACAGGAUGUGCAGAUCAUAGAAAAAGGGUUAAACGCCCUCAGGUUUUUCUAAGUACUAUUUGAUUCUCAUCCCUUAAAUUUCGAUUUUUUAAUCAGGAAUUCUUGAAAUUCUAGACAUUGUUUUACCAUUAGGAAACACAAGCAAAACAGCACAACUGUUGGCUGAGAAGCACCAGUAUUGUGCAUAGACACAGCAAUGAUUACUCAAAAUGUAACUAAAAAAUCUCUACACCUGCAUGUUUAAGAACAAUGUUAUGCCCAUAACUUCUUUUACUUUUGCUGUAGUAAAAGUGACUUUUAUAUUUUAGUUCUUUCUCUGUGGAAUUUUUGGCAUUUGUGGAGGUGUUACCAAGAACCAUUGUUGUGUAAGUGUUACUCUUUGCAAAUAUUUUGUUUUUGUGAAGCUUUUUUUGUGGUUAUUCUGAAAGAAAAGAACGAAACUUUAUUGUCAUCUGGUGACUCUGAAAAUUUUCAGAAAAUUAAAUUACCUUACAUUUUUCAUAUUGACUUUUUCAUGUUUGUAUAGUCACAAUGAUCUAAACAUGAGGGGUUGGGGUAUUUGGGAAAGUUAUGCAGAUCUGAGACACAGAAUUCUCUGGACUCAGAUGACUAUUUAGUACCCUCAGAUAGUCACAUUCAAGAAUAUUUUUUUGCAAAUUGUGGGACAGCUUUGUUUAUAGCCUUAAAGGUAUGAGAAAAUGUUUUGAUAAAUGAUUAUUUUGAGAGUCAAAACAAUGCUAUUAAUUUAAAUUGUAUUUUGUAAUUUAUUCCAGAUGAUUACAUUUUUGGUCUUCAGCAUUAUUCUG